AAUUACUUUGAUUCCAAUGUAAUGUGAAAUGUUGAAAUUAUAUUUAUUAAUGUCCUUUCUUUGGUUUAACAGCUUUUAAUCUGGAGACUUGUCGCCUUAUGGUUUCAAUGUUGGAUAGAGAUAUGUCUGGCACAAUGGGGUUCAAUGAAUUUAAAGAGCUCUGGGCUGUGCUGAACGGCUGGAGACAACACUUCAUCAGCUUCGACAGUGACAGGAGUGGAACAGUGGACCCCCAGGAACUGCAGAAGGCCCUGACGACAAUGGGCUUCAGGUUGAGCCCACAAACUGUGAAUUCAGUUGCAAAGCGAUACAGCACUAGUGGGAAGAUCACCUUUGACGACUACAUCGCCUGCUGCGUCAAACUGAGGGCUCUCACAGAUAGCUUCCGAAGGCGGGAUUCUGGUCAACAAGGAGUUGUGAAUUUCUCCUAUGAUGAUUUUAUUCAGUGUGUCAUGACCGUCUAAGUCAGGAGGCAGCUGCCUGAAUGUCCUCAGCAUUCCAACUGGAGCCCGCCCUCGUUUCCUCCCAGCUGCCUGAAUGUCCUCAGCAUUCCAACUGGAGCCCGCCCUCGCUUCCUCCC